ACCGGCAGAAUCUAGACAUAUGUGAUCACGCAACGAAGACACUUGUAUUUUGUAACAUUUUUCUUCUUCCUUAUCGUUACCUCGGAUGUUAAAAUUUUCGGAUUUUCUACAGGCCUGUUCUCUGUCGCUGCACUGCUGUACUGCAGGUUAAAAUGAGAAAAAUAUAUUGGUCUUAUUCUAAACUUACUGCACCGGUGCAGCAGUGCAGCGACAAAGAACAAAGCCUAAUAGUGCACGUGAAUCAUAAUUGUGUAACUGGGAAGUAGCCAACUACAAGCAAAAAGAAGUUCUUUCGUGUCGCCGAUAAUUUAAGUACAGUUAAGUAUGGAUCUAUUUAUAACCAUCGGUUUACUAGUUGUAAUCUACUACGUCAUUUAUCUCAUUCUUCCUCUCUUCUUGGACUGCGACAUACUGCUCGCUUUUAAGGAGAAUUGGGGCAAGCCAGUAUCUUCGCUGAAAGGAAAAACAGUAUGGAUAACGGGCGCAUCUUCCGGUAUCGGAGAACAUUUGGCUUAUGUGCUGGCCAGAGCGGGCUGCAAAUUAAUGCUGUCCGCCCGGAGGACCACUGAAUUAGAACGAGUAAAAAAAACAUGUUUGAGAGAGAGCAAAUAUUUGACUGAUAACGAUGUGGAAGUCUAUCCUAUGGACAUGUUUGAUUUCGAAUCACAUGAGAAAGCAUUUCAACAUCUGAUCAACAAAUUCGGCAAGUUGGACAUACUCGUCAACAAUGCCGGCCGCAGUCAAAGAGCGAGAUGGGAGAACAUCGACAUAGAAGUCGACAAAGAAAUGUUUUCUCUAAACGUAUUCUCUGUCAUUUCCUUGAGCAGAUUAGCAGUCAAACAUUUUCUAAGUGUAGAAGGCGAGGGUCAUAUCGUUAAUACGUCAAGUUUAGCGGGAAUUGUAGGGGUACCGAUGUCGGCGACCUACUGCGGCACUAAACACGCCCUACACGGCUAUUUCAAGCCAUUUUUCAUGGAACAUCCUAAGAACAUCAACAUUACAAUGGUUUGCCCGGGUCCGAUACAGACCGACUUCCUGGCCGAGAGUUUCACGGAGAAACCUGGUGAGAAAUAUGGUGUAGCAACGGACGUAUCCAAGAGCAAAAUAAGCGCGGAACGCUGCGCAAGUUUAAUGGGCGUCGCGAUUGCAAAUAAACUGGACGAAGUGUGGAUCGUCAAGAAAGUCCCAUUAGUAAUUUUAUACCUGAAUUAUUGUUUUCCGACUUUCACGAGAUGGUUAAUAAAGACUUUAGGUGCACGAUAUAUGCUAAAAUUACGAGAUGCUAACGCUUCCGAGAAGAAGAAUUAAUCCCGUUAUCAUCCUUAUUAAAUAAUGAUGAUAAUAACUAUUUUUGCCUUCAUGUUUCGCCAAAAUGUUAUUCACAUGCAUGCAAGCUGCACGAAGAUUUUUGUACAAUAUAUUUUAGAUAAAAUAAUAAAAAUAUAAGAUAUAAAAAAA